AUGUAAGUCAAUAAAUCGACUUUAAUGAUAUAAUAAUUAAAUCGAGAUCUCUUGAUUGAAAUUGAAUAUUAAAGAAGGUUUUCAGAAAUUCUUUCUAAAUAAUUAAAUCUUUUUAGUAAUUUAAUAUAAGGGAGCAAGAAUUUUUAAGAAACAGAAAAUAAAAUAAUAAGAGUUUCAUAAUCUAUUAAAAAUACUGAAAAAUGGCUCAUAAAAAAUAAUAUCUUAGAAAACCGUACAAAUAUUAUCUAUUUAAAAAUUCAAAUUAAUUUUCAUUCCAUGAUAAUGUAAAAUUAUAUACAAGUAUUAUGAUUAUUAUUUUUAGGCUAUAAAGCUAAAGAAAAUUAUUAAGAAAAUAUUGGAAACCGAUCAUAAAACAUUAGAAGCUAUCUAAAUUAUGAAAAGUAAAGCAAUAAUGCUUACUGUGAGUAUGAUUAGAUAGAAAGGUUUGAUUUUAAAUGUAAAUAAAAAAUCAUUGCUAUAAUUUUUUGGAUUUAAUAUGGAUUUUAAAUUAGAAUUUUUGGAGUAAUUAAUGCCAGAAGCAAUAUAACCAUUACAUAAUUAAUUUAUUGAAAGAUUUCUUCAAAGAAACUAAUUGAAAACUAAUUAUUUAUAAAAAACGCUAGAGGUUCUCCAAUAAUAAGAGAAUGGUUAAAUAUAAUGUUUAGAAGUUAAUUUUACAGUAAGCAAUGAUAAAUCAGAUUUUAUAUUAAUAUCUCUCUUGAAAAAGGUUAAUUAAGAUAAAGGCUAUAUAAUAUUUAAUCAAUCAGGGAAAAUUAUAGGUAUGAAUGAUUAUUUAGAGUAAUUUAAUGAUUUACAUUCUUAAAUGAAGUAAUACAAUUAUAUUUAAUACUUCUCAACAGAUUUAUUUAACAUUAUCAAUAAUAAUGAAUUUCUAAAUGAAAAAGAAAUUAGUUUUUUUUCAAGGUAGAAUAUAUAUAAGAUUGAUAAAUAGUAUAAAGGUUAUAUUUAACAAUUGAUUAAAAUUAAUAAUUAAAGUAAUUCUCCACAUCUUGAUUAUAUGAUUGUUUCAGAUAGAUCGGAAAAACAUUAAUUAUUAAGUUCUAAAAGUUGUUUUUCAAAUUAGGAUGUAUAUUAAUUUGAUUUUUUGGAUUCUUAAUUAUAAGAAAGAUUAUCUUAGAUAAUUAAUCUAAAUAUUGUAAUAUAUAGAAUAUAUUUAAUAGACAGAAAAUGAUGUUUCAUUAACAUUUAAAGUUAAGUUAUCAAAAAUUGAAUUGCAAGGACAAAUAAUUUAGUUUUAAUUAGAGUUGAGUAUAUCUGAUGCAAAGAUAGAAAAUGAAGAGGUAGAGAAUAUUGAUGAUGAGUUUCUGUAACUAGAAAAUAUUAAAGCAAAAUCAUUAAAUGAUGUCAGUAUAGUAAGUUCAGAAUAAAAAGGAUAAUUUAUCUUACAUGAUAUACUACUUAAACAAUCUAGCAGUUAACCAUUUAUUUAGAUUUAUUUACAUAAAGCAAUAUUGAUGAUUUUAGUCUUAGUAUUUUUGAUUAUACAAAUUAAUUAGAUAGAAAUAGACUUUAAUAUGAAAUUAAAAUAUUCAGAAUAUAUAAGGGCUCCUAUGUUAUUAAAUAGAUUUUACAAUAGAGCUUUCCAUUAUGGAUUUAAUCAAAUAAUUUUUUAAAACUUAAACUAAUCUCAGUAUUUAUAAAAAUCUUUUUCUGUAGAGAAGGAAAUAAAUUUAAAUGACAAUCGAUAAAAAUUCAAGAUUCUAUAUCUAGAUUUAGUAAAUAUUGAUGAAGAAUAAAAUUCUCCUAAAUAUAACUUAACAUUAUUUAAAAAUUAAAUUACUUUCGAUAGUUAUUCAACUUUUUCGAUUGCAAUGAGAGAAAAUGCAGUUGUGUUAUUUUCAUAUUCAAAAGAUAGCAUAUAAUAUUUAAAAUCAUUAUUAUUUUUCAGGGUAAAUAUGAUAUAAGCAUAUAAUUCUACGAUUUAUUUGAUUGAAAAAUUUACUGAAAUCUUAAAUGAUUAUUCUUAAAAUAUUAUGAUUUUCUGGAAAAUUGUUCUAAUCCUAUAGAUUAUUUUAUUUUGUCCACCUUUUAUAAUUAAUAUAAGAAAUUGGUAUUAAUUUGAAAAAAGGCAUAAAUAUUUAAUAUAAAUAAUAUCUAGAAUUAAUGAAGAUCAAGCAACUCGAUUGAUAGAAAUAAAAUAGUAGUAAAUAUAAUUUUCAGAAACUGAAAAAUAUUAAGUUAAUGUAAAUUAAUCUUAUUAUACAUGUAAAUCACCUUUAAGAUUGAUACAUUCAACCAUAAAUUAAUCUUACCAAAAUCUUAGAUCAAGAGAUACAUAAUUAUUAUAUGAAAGAAUAUAAAAUAAAUCAAUCAGUAUAACAAUAAAGUUAUGCUCUGCCUUAUUUUGUUAUUUAACUUUAGUAUCAUUAGUUUCUUUUGGAUAUGCUUAAUUAGAAUCAAGUGAAAUACAAUAUUUGCCAAUAUAAAAUUUAAUUUAAACGUAUGUUAAAUUUUAGGUUUAAUUGGGGUAUUUGCUAUCAUUUGCAUCUACUCUAAAAGGGUAACAUUUUUUUAUUGAAUAAUUAUCCAAAAUUAAUGAUCCUGAAAUUGGUGAUUUUAAAAUAUAUUUUAAGGAUGAUAAAAUUCCAAAAUACUUUUAAAAUGUCUCUUAAACUUAUUAAAAAAAAAUAAUAUCAAUAUUUUCUUCAAUAGUUUUGAGUGAUUAAAUUAAUGAAAUAGAUAAAUCAGAAUUAUAUGAUCUUUAUAAAGGAGAUUUUUGUGAUUAUUUAAUAGAAAUUUUGCCCUUUUGCAACACAACAAUCUCUUAGAAUUAAUUCUAUAUGAUUUAUGGUUAGUUUUAUCCUUAUGAAAAUUAUUCAGAGUUUCUAAGAAAAGGUAUUAUUGGAUACAUUAGUAAUUUAGAUUCAUUAUUUAAAAAUGAUUUCGAAAUCGAAAUUUCAUAAGGAAUUUAUUAAAAAAUUAUUUAAAAAGAUAUAUAUUAUUAUAAAGAGUUUAACAAUCUAAUAAUCUAGUAUUAUUUUAAUAUUUCAGAUGGUUUUGAACUAUUUUAUGAUAAGAUUGAUAAUGUAUCUUAAGCACUUAUUAAAAAAUAGAAAAAUAACUUAUUCAUUUACUUUUAUACAUUUGGGUCAACAUUUUUGUUUAUUUUUUUAAUAAUAACAAUAUUAUAAAUUAUUUACUCAUAAAGAAGAUACAAAAACUGUAUAUUAGGAUUGGUUACUUUAAGUGAAGAUUUAUUAAACGAUAAAACUAAUCUUAGUCUUUUAAAGAGAUUAAGUAAAUGA